AUGGGGCAGUUCCAUGGUCUACUGAUGGAAGACCCACAUAAGCACCUUAGGAAUUUCAUAGAAGUGGCCAACACUUUUAGGAAUCCCAAUAUCUCAGACGAUGUGCUGAGAUUGAAGUUUUUCCCCCACUCACUGGCUGAUAAAGCCAAAGAGUGGUUGAACUCCCUUCCAUCCAACUCCAUAACCAAUUGGCAUACAUUAGCUGAAAAAUUCAUUAUGAAAAUUUUCCCAUCCAACAAGAUAGUGCAAACCAGAUGUGACAUCACCAACUUCAUGCAAAAGGAUGGUGAGACCCUAGUGGAUGUGUGGGAGAGGUUUAAGAUCCUUCUUAAGCAAUGUCCCAACCAUAGCUUGCCAUCUUCGGCAGUGCUACAAACCCUUUACAACAGCCUUAACACUCAAAACAGAGCCUUAGCAAAUUCUGCUACUAAUGAAAGAAAUCAGUCAAGGAGAGUGGCUGGUUUGCAUGAGGUAGAUUCUGUAACAGCCCUUCCAGCCAAGUUUGAUGCACUAUCCACUUUAGUGAGAAACCAAGGACAAGCCAUUGAGGCAAGAUUCUGCCCAUCCAACCUAGAGUCUGUCUAUUAUGUGGGAAACCCAAAUAGGAACCAAAAUAAUUUUUCUAAUAAUUUUAAUCAAGGUUGGAGGCAGAAUCAACAACCCCAAUAUUUCCAAGGGCAAGGGAAGCAAGUUGGACCCUCCAAUGCCCAAACCAAACCACUUUUUCCCACCUAUUACUACCAACAAUCCCCAAGGCAGCAACCUGUUGCUCAAUCUUCAGUCCCAUAUUCUCAAAACCAAUCUAGUGAGAUGUCUACCUCUUCCACUUCUUCCUUAGAAAAUUUGUUGAGAGAGUAUUUCGUUAAGAAUGAAACCAAGCAAAACAACUUGGAAGCUGUAGUGCAAAGUAUUCCUACUUCCUUGAGGAAUUUAGAGUCCCAACUAGGCCAUUUAGCCAAUGCUUUGAAUAGCAGACCCCCUGGUACUUUUCCUAGUAACACUGAAGAGCUAGGAGAAAUAAUGAACAAUGUCACAUGA